GCUUAUGUGCAUAAAUCUCAGCCUUACCCCCGCCCUUUUCUUACCAGCCCACACUCGCUGUGCACCAGCCCAUGCGCACGAAUACACCACUCAGCCGUCACAAAGCCUUCUGCUUUCACCAUCAAAACCUGCGCUUAUUGAGAAGUCGGACAUACCGUUCCAGUACAAUAGUCGAUGGUCAUUAAGUCCGAAACAGUAUUUUCUGGGUCGUCUUCAUGAUGGCGGAAUAUUCUGCCUCUUCCCUCUUGCAUUUGCGAUGUAUCCACGAACUGACACCGCGAGUCCUGCUGCAUUCACGGUCGUAGUCUCCGAGAUGCAUAGCAGCCAAGCGCCGCGUACCACAGACACCGGCCCGGUUCGAACAUGGUUUUUAGGCGAAGAUCAAGGAGAAUGCGGUGGCUUGGAUGCCAUCGGCUGGGGCCUGUUUGGAAGGCACUGCUGGUGUUUGUGGCCAUUGCAUUCACCGGGCAGCUUCUGGGCUUCUUCAACAAAAGUUGGAUGCAACAAGAGAGGCCGCGGUCCGUCUUCCCCCUAUCGUCUGGAGACGCUCACGGCUCGCCGCCAUGCAGACCCCACACCCACGUCAUGUUCCUGAAGACCCACAAGACUGCCAGCAGCACUGUGCUCAACAUGCUGUACCGCUUUGGGGAGGAGAGAGGCCUGCGCUUCGCCCUGCCCUUGGGCUACCAGUUUGGCUAUCCUCUGCUCUUCAACGCCCACAGGGUCAAGGGUUACCGUGGGCAACAGGCCGUGGAGUUCAACAUCAUGGGCAACCACAUGCGCUUCCAUAAGCCAGAGGUGGAGAAGGUGAUGCCUCCUGACACCUUCUACUUCUCCAUCUUGCGGGACCCCGUGGCGCUGGCCGAGUCCUCCUACGCGUACUACAAAGCCGUGGCCCCGGCCUUCAAGCGAGCCAAGGGCCUCGGGGACUUCGCCAACGACCCUCGGCGCUACUACGACGCCCGGCUGCGCAACAACCACUACGCCCGCAACCUGCUGUGGUACGAUUUUGGCCUGGACCACAAUGCCAACUACUCCUACGCCCUGGCUCGCCGUGGCGAAGCCGAGAUCAGGAAGUCCUUCAAUCUCAUCCUGAUCUCGGAGUACUUUGACCAGUCCAUGGUGCUGCUGCGCCACGCGCUCUGCUGGCCCCUGGACGCCGUGGUGUCCUUCAGCUUGAAUGCCCGGCAGAUGAAGCCUCCGGGCGGGAGCAGUUGGGGCAGCAAGAGCAGCCUGGGAGCGGUGUUGGCCCUCACCGACGAACAGAGGCAGAAGCUGCGGGAGUGGAACGCGCUGGACUGGCACCUGUACCAGGCCUUCAACCGCACCUUCUGGGAGGAGGUGGAGCGCUUCGGGAAGGUGCGGAUGGAGGCCGAGGUGAUGCUCCUCAGGACGCGGCGAGAGGUCCUGGCUCGGGUGUGCCUUCGGGAUGGCGGGAAGCCCGUUGAGGCCAGCCGCAUCCGCGACAAAACUAUCCGACCUUUCCAGAGCGGCCUGGUGAAGAUCCUGGGCUACGAGCUGCAGCCCGGCCUGGACAACAACACGCGGCAGGCCUGCCUGUGUAUGAUCCGUCCGGAGAUCCAGUACAAGGACGUGCUGGACCUCAGGCAGUUCCCCCACCAGCAGCCACCGCCAGGAGCAGGUGUCGCUGGUGGUGGCGGCGGAGGAGCACUUAUCAAAAGGGAACCUUUGUCCCCCAAAAUCGGAGAGCACCCGGGAGGGAACUCGCCGGAGAAAGACUGGGACGGGACCAGGUUGGGUCGCAACGUUUCACUAACUGUAAAGGAAAGGGACGGGCAGGACCGGCUCAGAUAGUUUUGGAGACAGUUGACAAAAAAAACUCUUUUUUUGCCUCAGAACAGCAUUUUUUCUAACUUCAAAAUAAUUGAAAGGCAAUGAGAUAGCCUUUACACUGCACUACCUGAUAGACUGGAGAGGCGUGUGGUGGUGAAAGCCUCAAAAGACACUUCUAUUCCCCAUCUGCCCCCUUUGCUUACUACGAUGUUAUCCGUUUCCCUUACGCUCCAGAUCUCACACAGUGCUCCCACAAUGAGAGAGAGAGAGAGAGAGAGAGAGAGAGAGAGAGAGAGAGAGAGAGAGAGAGAGAGAGAGAGAGAGAGCAGUACCUUGCAGGUACAGGGAGCUGAGGCUGGAGAAAACCAGGCAAUAACAGUGAUGUGUCAGCGACUCAGUGGGUGGCUAGCUUUUAGCAGUGUGGUGAUAACCUGAGGAGGCUGAGAGGUUGGCCAGGAAUGGGUAGAAAACAGCAAAAUGUGAAACACUAUUGUUUUUUUUUCUCCUCUGUCUCACAAACAUAUACCACUGAGCUCAUGUUCUUUGCUUUUUCACGACCUGCCAAGUGAUUAUAGUGGUAACAACAGUAUGAAGCGUAAAGAUAGCUGCACACGUGGGGUGUCUGCACACUACAGUAUGUUAGUAACUGAACGUUGCUGGGUACACAUCUGCAAUACAGUUUGAAAGUCGCACGCACGCACGCACGCAUGCGCGCACGCACACACACACACGCACGCAUGCACGCCCGCACACACACACACACAGACAGACACACACAAACACACACACACACACACUAAUCAUUCCUGAUUAUUGUUGAGGUUGGAACCGAAUUCUCUUCCCUCAGCAUAGGAAAUGAAACACUACAGGCGGUAGGUCAAACACCAGAAAUCAGAAUAGGAAUUUAGAACAACAGCAUUGGACACUUUCUAUACAGGAUGUAUUGGUUAGGAUGGGCCUCUGUUAACAACCUGCUGGGUUAAUGAUCCAUGUUUCUCUAUCGGUUCGACCUGCAAAAACAGGUUUUUAUAUUUAAGGAAUUAUGGUACAUUCGUUUUUUAAGGCUGUGUAUUCAGGAAGAUGCUGCAGCUUUUUGAAGCAACCUCGUGAUGCUUGAUCGCCUCGUAUGGGAUGAGGCCUUUCUAAUUUAGAGCCCAUCCCGAACCUUGUUCCGCAGCCAUGGCCUCUUGUUGUGAGUGACACAUUAUUGCUAAAUAAGCUAUUACUGACUUGUCUGUGAGAUACAUGGAGGUGUUGCCACUAGGUCACACUGUGAAAAAAAAACACUUUUCAUUGAUUGAUUAUCAAGGGUACUUUAGGAGAUGGAGUUGGAGACUUUUUUGCCGUUUGAUUUAUCCUGGGUAGGCCAGGGUUUUGAUUUUGAAAUCACAAAAACUACAAAAAGUGAUUUGAAAUGAGCAAUUCUGUUGUUAUGUGUACAGAAAUGCAUUGUCUUAACAGUAUAGUUUGUCAUUUGUAUUUAUUCAGCCUUGCACAGAUCAUUUGACAUAAAAUCUGCAUUUAUAAUGAGUUGUAAUAGGCAUGAUUCCAGAGCCCUUCAGUAAUCAAUAACAGUAGUUUUUAUGCCUGCUUUGAACAGUCUCCGUUCCUGGUGACUGGAGCUUGCAGCUCAACAUGAAGUAUUGCUGAAUGUUAUAGCCCGCCUCUGCUCUCAAAAACAAAGAACUACAUCUUGGAAAUCAAUGUUUCAAGUUCCUUUUUGGCUUCUCUAAGCCUUUCCUUUUACCUGCAGUAGUGUUCAUAUUUAAUUUAUUUAGCAUGCGGGCAUCAGUGAAUAUAUGAAAAUGAAAUAGAAUUGCAAGUAAAUCAAUGCCUACCCUGUCCGUCUGUCUGGAAAACACACAAGACACAAUACCACACAAUCGUCUUAUGAACAGUUUUUUGUUUCCCUCAAUGCACACCAGUGAAUCGGUCCCAGGCUAAUCUCCCAUUGCUCCCUGCAAGCUGCUGGGGCCCUUUUUGUGUUACAGGACAGUUGUGUGCACAUUCCCCUCUAUGAUGAGCAUGUCACUGGCCUGACAUGUUGAGCCACCACCCUGACUGCUUCUUGUAGUCCUGAUAUAUAGUAUGUUGUAGAAGAUGACUUUGACCAUCUGGACCUAUGGACAAAAUGGACAUUAACGACACUCAACACGUAAUAAUAUUGGAGGGGGUCUUUUAGGAGUACAUUGUAUUAAGUGAUCAGUGGUACAGUAUGCUUGCAGCGCUCAAGUAUGCUGAGAUCCAGCAGAUUUCAACACCUGUCACACCUUUGAACAAUUGUUUUUGCCUUAGAUAAAAAUCCCUUAAAUGGAACAGGGCUUUAAGACUUUAUUUUUUUCUGGGAAAAUGUUGGUGUAUAUACUGUAUUUAUUGUCUUUUGAAAUUGAAGAUUUUUUUCCCACCUUCAGAAUAAUAUUGAGACCUUAAGAUAUUUUGCAAAUUUGACUGUAUUGCACUGUGCAAUGUUUUGUGGUACGAUUUCAAACAAAAACCUAAGCAGCAUCAAAACUUACAAUUGUCAUUAAUGACUUUUAAUGAUGUACAUUUCCCAAAAUGAAACACAUUUUGCAGUAGGCACUGUUGACAUUCCAUUGUCACACAUGUUAUGUGUGCAUAAGACUGCAUUUCGCAUGGGAAACAAGCAGAAUGUUUGCAUGUUGGACGAUUCAUUCAUGAAUGCCACUCCAGACCCAGUGAAAAAGGAGCCUCACAUACUUGAUCUCCUUGGAUGGAUGUCAUGCUGUACAUUUUUGUACAGUUAUCAUAAUUACUCUAACUGUUAUUAUUUAGUUUUGUUCAUUUGCCCUCAGUAAACUAGCAUCUGGAACACAUUUCAUUGAUCCAGAGAAGAGGUACUACAAUGUAAUAAUGUGUUGUUCAUGUUAACUUGAAGAUAUUGGUCAUGUUUACUUUGAAUUUCAUAGCGUAACUGACGAAACAUUGACCUGUUACCUGUUGCAAUGGCUUUGUCACAAUGCAAUAAAUGGUUGUUUGAAUGUGUUUGUGUUAAAGUGGA